AUUUUAAAAAGAAAAAAAAAAGAAGGAAGUCGGAGAAGAAAUAUGUGGUCUCAUACUACAAAGAGGGCUACGUAUGAUUGAUGACACUACGUGAACUAUGAGCAUGGAUCUUUGAUGGUCCGUUCAUAUUCGCAUGUGUAGCUUUCGGGAGCGUAUUAAGAGAUCUCGGUGAUUACGACAUCGCUUAAAAUAUAUUUCCAUGUAACUAUUAGCAUUAAUUUAUAUGUUAGAUUUUCCAUUCUUUUAUGUAAAAAAAAUUGCUAGACAAGUUGUAUAUUUGUAUAAAUAAGUCUAUUGGCUAAGUUAAUAAGAUAAAAGAAACUAUUAUACGUCUUAGAUUUCUUUUCUCCGACGCUGUGAUCAGCGGCGGUGUCAAAGAAAUACAGCUAGGACAGAAACAAAUUCUUUGGUGUUCUAAUUAAAAGUAGUCGCAACGGACAAUCGGAGGCAUGAAAACGGGGUUGCCGCUGCCGCUGAAAUUUUCAGCGUCGUAUUUGCUGGGUUGAAGUUGACGUUGCGGCUGAAUAAAUAGAUCCGUGUUGCUUUGUUUGUACAGCAUCUGCCGCCAAUCCGGCGUUUAUAAAACGAACAGCACUAACAUGUCAACAACCCAGACACCUAUUGGGCUUUCUUGUACCCAUCUACUAAGCUGAUUGCUUCACUAACACUGGACUUGGGCCUCCUCAUGUUUUUGAAACAUUGCUAAAUUUCACUAUAAGUAGAUAAUUUCUAUUUGUAUGCUUUUGCCACAUUUAAAAAUUGGGGGUGAUUGGUAGUUGUUGUAGAUGCUGUCCAUAGCCCUAUUUAUUUCUAUAGCACCAAAUUCAGAGCAAUCAAACUUUAGCUUUUUUUUUUGAAACCACAGCUCUUAAAAUAACCUACAGCUGUACAAAUGCUCUGCAGAGCUAAAUAUCCAAAGCAAUUUUUUAGUGCUUUCCAUAAAAUUCUACGGUAAUAAAAUGUAAAGCCACAGCAAAAAGUCUACAGCAAAAAUUUUAAAGUUACAGCCAUUACCAAUCAGACCCAUAAACGCACCAAAUUAAGUAAAAAACGGUCAUAUCAAUUUAGUUUUCCAUUUUAUUUUAAUCAUUUCCUUAUUACACCCCGUUAUAAUGAAAGUUAUAUCAAUAGCUGAUCAUUUCCUUAUUACAUCAAAUCAUAUCUACUAAAAAAGGUUUAGCUUAGUGAUUAUAUAGAUUUGUAUUUCUUUUUGGCAACUCGAAUUAUGUUAGAUAAGAAAAUCCUUCAGAAGAUAAAGGCAUCUCGUAUUGGACAUAUACAACACCCAGUUUAGGGUAAACAUAUACUUAUCUUAAUGUGAUAUUUAAAUUGAAUAAUUCAUACAUAUAAGCUCCAUUACUAUGUAACAUAAAAUAGUAUACACAUAUUUUAACACUCCCACACACACAAAUCAUAUAUAUCCAUACAUCCAUAUUCCAGCUCGUGUUUCUUUUCCAUCUCUUUGGGUCUUUUUUUUACCGGAGAUGUGUAGUAUGCUAACCUAAGAAAUGUAACAACAUUUUUGCUUUUGUUAAUAGAAUUUAACUUUUAUCAAUAAAAAGUGAAAAAAGGGUAGAAUCGACAUUGAGUUACAAAUCACACAAAAAUAUUAAUUACAUCUUGAUAAUAUUCUAACACUAAUUAUUUUCCAUAUGUAUGGUAGUAAUCGAUUGUGUUUCCCUUAUAUGUUCAUUAGACUUUCAAUGUCAUAAAUAUUCUUAUCUUGUUACCCUAUAAAUAAAGAAGCUCAAACGCUUGGCUUUGCCUCAUCUAAACCAAAAGUUGAAAAAAAAGAAGUGAAAUCGAUCGAGAUGGCGUCUAGGUUUCUGAUCUUGUGUGUCUCGUCUCUCUUCUUAUUCUCCCUCGCCGUCUCAAGUGCCCCCAUUAAUGAAUAUUACAAAGGAGAUAAGGUCUUCGACGUCAGAAACUACGGUGCUAGUGGCGACGGCAAAAGAGAUAACGCCAUAGCGAUCACAAAGGCCUGGAACGAGGCUUGUCAAUGGAGUGGUGGAAGCUCAACGGUCUAUAUACCUCUCGGAACAUUCUAUCUCAGUCAAAUAACUCUCUCUGGUCCUUGUAAAAGUUAUAUCACUUUUAUAAUCAGCGGAACCUUGUCGGCUCCAAGGGAUCCUAACCUCAUCAAACAAGAAGAAUGGAUCGAGUUCCGGUACGUAGACAAUCUCACCGUUACGGGAGGAGGGUUACUUGAUGGUCAAGGAUCUUACUCAUGGUCCCUCAAUGAUUGCGACAAAAACCCUAAGUGUCGUACACUAGCUAUCAACAUAGGGUUUGCGUUCGUUAGAUACUCGAGGAUCAACGGUCUGAGAUCUAUCAACAGCAAAAUGGGUCACUUCAACUUAUUCUCGGUCGAGGAUUUUAACAUUACAGGCGUGACCAUCACGGCUCCUGGAGAUAGCCCUAAUACCGACGGUAUCAAGAUUGGUAAAUCCAAGGAUAUGCAUAUUUACAACGUCACCAUAGCAACCGGUGACGACUGCAUCGCAAUACUUGACGGAAUUACCAACUUGGAUAUCUCUAAUGUCAGGUGCGGACCAGGGCACGGGAUUAGUGUCGGAAGCCUUGGCCGGUAUAAAGAUGAGAAGAACGUCGAGGGCUUGACCGUGAGAAACUCGGUUUUCAACGGUACAACCGACGGUUUACGGAUCAAAACAUAUGCUAGGUCUGUCUCGGAAAUUUCGGUCUCGAACUUCGUGUACGACAAUAUCCAAAUGCUCAAUGUCGGAAAUCCUAUCGUCAUCGAUCAACAGUAUUGUCCUCAUGGACAAUGCGAUAGUCCUGGAAAGUAUAAUUCUCAUGUUCAGAUCAGAAACGUGAAGUACAACAAAAUCUGGGGAACUUCGACGAGCCAAGCGGCUUUGAACAUGCAGUGUAGUAAAACGUUUCCUUGUCAAGACGUUGAGCUGUCAAAUAUCAACUUGAUGUACAAUGGGAGGGAUGGCUUGGCGACGGCUUUGUGUGAGAACGUUGGUGGUUCGGUUCGUGGCACGAUUGUGCCUUCUGGUUGUCGGAUUUGAUGA